GGAAGGUGCAUCAGCCUGCCAGGUAGGGACUGGGACCCGGCACCUGCCAAGGCGCUGCCCAGCCCAGCCCAGCCCAGCCCAGCCCAGCCCGGCGGCCUCCGAGGCCAGGACAGCUCAGAGAGGGAGACGCCACCGGGAAGCGAGCACAGCAUGGACAAGUUCCGCUCCUUUUUGCGUCGCGGGGGGAAAGAGAAAGUGACGGCUUCGGCGGAGAACUUCCACGUGGGGGAAAACGAUGAGAACCAGGAACGGGGAAACUGGUCCCAGAAAUCCGACUACCUUCUCUCCAUGGUUGGCUACGCCGUGGGCCUGGGCAAUGUCUGGAGAUUCCCUUAUUUGACUUACCAGAACGGAGGAGGUGCCUUCCUCAUCCCCUACGCGAUCAUGUUGGCGCUGGCCGGCUUGCCUUUGUUCUUUCUGGAGUGCUCACUGGGACAGUUUGCCAGCUUGGGGCCAGUUUCGGUUUGGAGGGUUCUGCCACUUUUUCAAGGUGUGGGAAUCACCAUGAUCUUGAUCUCAAUAUUCGUAACCAUCUAUUACAACGUCAUCAUUGCCUACAGUCUCUACUAUUUAUUUGCUUCAUUUCAAAGAGUCCUGCCCUGGUCCGAAUGCUUCCACUGGGCAGAUAAGAACUGCAGCAGAACGCCCAUAGUAACUCACUGUAACGUGAUUUCGAACAUGGGGGACAUUGUCCAAAUGAACUAUUCGUGGGUACUUGACAACAAUCUGACCUGCAUCAACGGCACUCAGGUGGAGCAGCCAGGGCAGCUUCCCAGCGAGCAGUAUUGGGACAAAGUGGCACUCCAGCGUUCCACUGACAUGGAUGAGACGGGGGAGAUUGUGUGGUACCUGGCACUCUGCCUUCUUCUGGCCUGGCUUAUAGUAGGAGCAGCACUGUUUAAAGGAAUCAAAUCUUCAGGAAAGGUGGUCUAUUUCACCGCCUUGUUCCCCUAUGUUGUCUUGUUCAUCCUGUUGGUGCGAGGCGCAACACUCGAGGGUGCCUUCAAAGGAAUUUCCUACUACAUCGGGCAGCAGUCGAAUUUCACCAAACUGAAGGAAGCAGAGGUCUGGAAAGAUGCUGCUACCCAGAUAUUCUACUCCCUCUCUGUGGCCUGGGGAGGCUUGGUUGCUCUCUCCUCCUACAAUAAGUUUAAUAACAACUGCUACUCUGAUGCCAUUGUGGUUUGUCUGACAAAUUGCUUAACCAGUAUAUUUGCUGGGUUUGCUAUUUUUUCCAUAUUGGGACAUAUGGCUCACAUAUCUGGAAAAGAGGUCUCUCAGGUUGUAAAAUCAGGUUUUGAUUUGGCAUUCAUUGCCUAUCCAGAAGCUCUAGCGCAGCUGCCAGUUGCCCCAUUUUGGUCUAUAUUAUUUUUCUUUAUGCUUUUGACUUUGGGCCUUGACUCUCAGUUUGCUUCAAUAGAAACAAUUACAACCACCAUUCAAGAUUUAUUUCCCCAAGUGAUGAAGAGAUUGAGAGCUCCCAUAACUUUGGGAUGCUGCUUGCUUUUGUUUUUACUAGGUCUGGUCUGUGUAACUCAGGCUGGAAUCUACUGGGUUAAUCUCAUUGACCAUUUCUGUGCCGGAUGGGGCAUUCUGAUCGCAGCCAUACUGGAAAUCAUCGGGAUCGUAUGGAUUUAUGGUGGGAACAGAUUCAUCGAGGACAUAGAAAUGAUGAUUGGAGCAAAGAAGUGGAUAUUCUGGCUGUGGUGGAGAACCUGCUGGUUUUUCAUUACUCCUCUUCUUUUGAUGACCAUUUUCAUCUGGUCCCUCGUGACAUUUCAGGAACCGGAGUAUGCCAAAAUCCCAUACCCUACUUGGGCACUUGCUCUAGGCUGGUGCAUGAUUAUUUUCUGCAUCAUUUGGAUCCCUAUUAUAGCAAUAGUGAAAAUAGUGAAAGCCAAAGGCAGCUUCCUCCAGCGUCUUAAAAGUUGCUGCAGACCGGCUUCCAACUGGGGUCCCUACUUAGAGCGGCAUCGUGGUGAGAGAUACAGCGGUAUGAUAGACCCCCAAAAAGAGCCUGACCACGAAAUACCGACUGUCAGUGGCAAUACAAAACCAGAAUAAGAUCCACUUGGAAUGUAGAUCGAAGGCGAUAUUUUUUUAGAAUGGAGAGAAAGCGAAAAGCCAUAGUAUUUAUUUAUAUGCUCAUCGAGUAAAAAGAUGUAUAUACCACAUGUAUAAUUUAGUUAUGACAUUUUCUUGCCAUGUAAGCAGGAGUUGAACAUAAUGGAAUGAAUCUGCAGAUUUAGCAUCUAGCUGAAUUUCCAUCAGUUUAUUUCUCCACAUCUGUCUCACUUCAUGCACACACCUGUCUACAUUGCACAAUGAUUUUUUUUGUAAUAAAUUAUUCUUGUAAUGCUUUUCUAAUAA